AAAUGAUGCUGCAUAGAGCAGUGAUUUUUCAAAGUGAUGAAAACAUUACUUUUGUAAUGUCACAGAGUGUAAUCGAACUUUUUUUUGUUUCUAUUUUAGAAACAUCAAAUUGGAAUAACGAAGCAGGGAACCAGUCACAGCAGACAUCAAUAACUGAUGAAGGACCGCUCUGCUCAGAUGUUCAGGAUGGCAGUGGCUCCCUGCCGGAUAAGGCGCCACAUCCCACUGUCUCCCUUGUGGACACUAUCUGUUGCAACUGUUGCAAAGAAGUGAAUAAAGGUUCCUCAAAAUACCAGAUAAAUGCAGAGGUUUUCUGCUCAGUGCCUUGUGUCAAAGAGAAACAUCCUCACAUCAAGUUUGUCUUUAAGAUGUGCUACAACUGCUUUAAUGUUAUAAAGAGACCACAAAACGUCAUCCUGGCUCCAGUGGACAACUCGGGAGUGUUGAUGGAGUUGUGCAGCAACGAGUGUCUUAGUGCUGUCAAAACCAAAAAGAAGAUGGCUGCCGUGAAGCCCCAGUCACAACAGGGGCCGUGUUCCCUUUGCAAGAUGUGUUCCAAGUACCGCUAUUGUAAGCAUCAGCGAACCAUUGGCAACGAGGUCCACAAGUUCUGCAGCCAGUCCUGCUUAACCAUCUACCACAGAGUCAACAAGCUUCCGUUUUCCAUGUGCGACGUAUGCGGCAACAUCUACCUGGACAAGGGGCUCACGGUGACGAUGGAGGGCUGCAGGAAAAACAUCUGUGGAGACAAAUGUCUCGUUAAGUUCAAAAAGGGAGUGCUGACGCCUCGUACUUGCCCAACGUGCCGUACGUCCCACUUGAUGUCAGACAUGAUUGAAAAUAAAGACUGUGAAGCUGAGUUGGAGUUCUUCUGCAGCCACAGAUGUCUGAUGGUGCACAAAGCCCAGACAAUCACCAUUUCAGACAUCAAGAGUUCUUCAUGCAACGAGGAAGAAGUGAAGCCGCCUCUGCUAAAUCUAAACUCUAAAGAUGCUGUGAUGGAUCCCGUUUCCCCUAAAAAGCAUGGAUUCAAGAUAAAAGAGGAGCAAAUUGAUGAGGACUACAAUGGAGACCUACCCACCUCCAUAUUUCUGCAGGACGUCAAAGAUGAGCCAGACGUGAAGAAG